AUGACACUAUCUAAGACAACACCAACUGUCUCUCCUGACAGCAGGCUAUUCAAGCCUAUCCAAGUUGGCAAUGCUAAACUUGACCACCGAAUCGUCAUGGCACCUUUGACUCGUUACCGUAACGAUGACAACCACGUCGCCAAGCCCUUUGUCGAGCGAUACUAUGCCGAGAGAGCCUCGGCUCCAGGUACACUCGUCAUCUCAGAAGCUACUGGUGUCUCAAUGCAAGACACUGGCAUGCGCCAAGGCCCAGCCUUUGUCACAGAUGAACAAGUCGCUGCCUGGACAAAGGUCAUUGCUGGUGUCCACGAAAAGAAGUCCUUCUGGGCCCAACAGAUCUGGGGUCAGGGCCGAGCUUCUGAUCCAGAAUACCAGAAGGAACGCGGUUUCAAGUAUCGCUCCUCCAGCAAUGUGCCUAUCGAGGAGGGCGCCCCUGCACCUGAAGCCAUGACUGAAGAGGAGAUCCAAACCUUUAUCCAAGACAUGGUUGCUACUUCUAGGCGGGUCAUUGACGCUGGCGGCGAUAUUGUCGAGGUUCACGCCGCCCACGGAUACCUUAUUGAUCAGUUCACAUCCGACUCUGUCAACAAGCGAACUGAUAAGUGGGGUGGUUCCACUGAGAACCGCGCUCGUCUUCUACUUGAAGUCAUCAAAGCUGUUUCUGCAGAGGUCGGCCCCGAAAGAGUUGCCAUUCGUCUAUCACCAUAUGCUUCCUUCCAGGGCGCCGAGUCAUCAGACAUUAAGGAGCAAUACACCUACAUAAUCAAUGAGCUCAAGAAGAUCGGCCGUCUUGCUUAUCUCUCGUUGGUCGAAGCACGCGGUGAUCCUGCCAAGCUGCUCGCUCCCGAUCAAGAUCCCUCAGCGGAUUCCAAGACACUCGACUUCAUCCUGGAAAUCUGGGACAACAACUCACCCGUAAUUGUCGCCGGCAACUACAGCCCCGAGUCAGCUGCUGAGGUCCUUGACGGACACUACAGCAAGUGGGAUGUUCUCGUUGCUUUUGGUCGACACUUCAUUGCCAACCCUGACUUUGUCUGGAGGGUCAAGCAUGGCGUUGAGUUGACCAAGUACGACCGUACUACUUUCUACGUCCGUGGUUCAGAGAUUGGUUAUGUCGAUUAUCCUUUCUCUCAAGAAUAUGUUAAUGAGCAAAGAGCAUGGGCUGUCAAGAACUUGAAGAUGCAUGCCAAGUAA